CGGGCAUUAGAAGCAGGUGACCGGGCGGAGCGGGAGAGGCUAGUCAGCCUGCGGCCGCGACUCCUUCCCCGCCGUCGCCGCCUCUGCUGCCUCCGCCGCCGUUCAGUGCCAGCCGGAGGUGCUGCAGGGGCGUUCGCCCUUCGUGCGGCUUCGGGACCCUGGUGGAACGCACGGCCUGCCCCUGCCCUGCCCCACCCGGAUCAUGCGGGGGGCCCCAGAGGAGGAGAGGGCGAGUGACCGGCCUGCGGCGAUCGCGUUCGGGGGGCGACCCCCUCUCUGAGACGCCCCCACCUGCUGCUGCCAUGUGCCGCCUCCUCGGAUACCCAGCCUAUCACCAAACUUUCCAGGUGCCAGCUUGGCUCUGAGUCGCGUUUUUGAGCGGAGUGUCCCAGAGACGGAGGACCCAGGCUGGCUGCGGAAUAUCUGCUUCUCUCCGGAUCAGCGAAGAGUACUUUCCUUGGAAUCGGAGCCCUAACUGCCCCUCCCCAAUCCUAUCCGGUGAAGAACUAAGCACGGAGGGAGGCAGCGCCUUCCCAAAACAGUUUAUCUUGGGCCGGAUUUCUUGAAGAGAAAGAACCAACAGGUUGCCAGCCCCGGCGCCACAAACAAGUCGGUGGAGAGGGAAGCUCCGGUCCCGGUUUCCCCUGCCUGCUUCGGCCCGCGCGGGCUGUGCGAGGCAAGGGGAGGGAGGGGGCUAUGGCUCGGCCUGACCCGUGUGCGCCGCCCUCGUUGCUGCUGCUCCUCCUGGCCCAGCUUGCAGGCCGGGCGGUGGCCGCCUCCAAGGCCCCUGUGUGCCAGGAAAUCACGGUACCCAUGUGCCGCGGCAUAGGCUACAACCUGACGCACAUGCCCAACCAGUUCAACCACGACACGCAGGACGAAGCGGGCCUGGAGGUGCACCAGUUCUGGCCGCUGGUGGAGAUCCACUGCUCUCCGGACCUGCUCUUCUUCCUGUGCUCCAUGUACACGCCCAUCUGCCUGCCGGACUAUCACAAGCCCCUGCCACCCUGCCGCUCUGUGUGCGAGCGCGCCAAAGCUGGCUGUUCGCCACUUAUGCGCCAGUACGGCUUCGCCUGGCCGGAGCGCAUGAGCUGCGACCGCCUACCGGUGCUGGGGCGCGACGCCGAGGUCCUGUGCAUGGAUUACAACCGCAGCGAGGCCACCACGGUGCCCCCUAGGCUUUUCCCCGCUAAGCCCACCCACCCAGGCCCGCCAGGGGCCCCAUCCUCUGGAGGGGAGUGCACCGCUGGGGGCCAAUCGGUGUGCAAGUGCCGUGAGCCCUUUGUGCCAAUCUUGAAAGAGUCGCACCCGCUCUACAACAAGGUGAGGACGGGCCAGGUACCCAACUGCGCGGUUCCCUGCUACCAGCCCUCCUUCAGCCCUGACGAGCGCACGUUCGCCACCUUCUGGAUCGGCCUGUGGUCUGUGCUGUGCUUCAUCUCUACCUCCACCACGGUCGCCACCUUCCUGAUAGACAUGGAACGCUUCCGCUACCCCGAACGCCCCAUCAUCUUCCUGUCAGCUUGCUACUUGUGCGUGUCUUUGGGCUUCCUGGUGCGCCUGGUCGUGGGCCAUGCUAGUGUCGCCUGCAGCCGUGAGCACAGCCACAUUCACUAUGAGACAACAGGCCCUGCACUGUGCACUGUGGUCUUCCUGCUGGUCUACUUCUUCGGCAUGGCCAGCUCCAUCUGGUGGGUCAUCCUGUCGCUCACCUGGUUCCUGGCGGCUGGCAUGAAGUGGGGCAAUGAGGCCAUUGCUGGCUAUGCGCAGUACUUCCACCUGGCCGCAUGGCUCAUCCCCAGUGUCAAGUCCAUCACCGCGCUGGCGCUGAGUUCUGUGGAUGGGGAUCCAGUGGCUGGCAUCUGCUACGUGGGCAACCAGAACCUGAACUCACUGCGUGGCUUCGUGCUGGGCCCUCUGGUGCUCUACUUGCUGGUGGGCACACUCUUCCUCCUGGCAGGCUUCGUGUCACUCUUCCGCAUCCGUAGUGUCAUCAAGCAGGGCGGCACCAAGACAGACAAGUUGGAGAAGCUCAUGAUCCGAAUUGGCAUCUUCACGCUGCUUUACACAGUGCCCGCCAGCAUUGUGGUGGCCUGCUACCUGUACGAACAGCACUAUCGCGAGAGUUGGGAGGCUGCGCUCACCUGCGCGUGCCCAGGGCAGGACGCCGGCCAGCCACGAGCCAAGCCGGAGUACUGGGUGCUCAUGCUCAAGUACUUCAUGUGCCUCGUGGUGGGCAUCACGUCUGGCGUCUGGAUUUGGUCCAGCAAGACUGUGGAGUCAUGGCGGCGAUUCACCAGUCGCUGCUGCUGCCGCCGGCGACGGGGCCACAAGAGUGGUGGCACCACGGCCGCCCGGGACUAUGCCGAGGCAAGCGCAGCGCUCACAGGCAGGACCGGGCCACCAGGCCCCGCCGCAGCUGCCUACCACAAGCAGGUGUCCCUGUCGCAUGUAUAGGAGGCCUCAGCCCUGGAGUGCGGGAGGGGGGUUGUUUUGUUUGGUCGCUUUGCCAAGGUCACUUCCGUUUACUUCCCUGGUGCUGAUGCCCCCUCCUGGGGCAAGUUGGAGGGAGGGGAAAGGGCCCUUUCAAGGGUGCAGCUGUCCCAGGACUUCUCAGAGGGGCUCAGCUCACGUGUAUUCUAUUUGCGUUUCUUACUGCGUUCUUUAAGGGAACCCUCUUUCUAAUUUAUAUGUAUUUUUCUUAAUUUUUAACUUUGUUGCAUUUUUAGCAACAACAUUUACCUUUGCUUUGGGGGCUUUACAAUCCUAAGGUUGGCAUUAUAAUGAAGUUCCACUUAGUUCAGGUUUCUUUGAACUGUAUGGUCUGAAUUGGAAAAAUAUAUUUCCUAUAUUUGUGUCUGUAAAAGAAAAAUGUGAACAGUGAAAGUUUGGGUUAUUGCGACUGAGAAGUUUACCGGCAUUCUUUCUCAGCUUGUUUUCUCCUUCCACUGCUUGAAGUGUCCAAGAUCUUUUAAGGUGAGCUGCUUGUCCCUGCUUAUGAAACUCCGGGUCAUCCCAAGGACAGUGUAAUGUGGUUAGGGCCUCCCCGAAGUGACAAGGUUAGGGAGUGUUUAGGGAUUUGGGGUCCAAGCUAGCUUUGUUUAGUGAGCUUUGGUUUCUUUUCUGUAGAACUUGUAACCAUUCUCAUUCUUCACAGUGCCAGCAUUUGAAAUAAGUUAGAGGUAGCAGUAUAGGGCCAGGUAUAAAUAUCUGGGGUAGUGAAGACCUAAGGGAUGGGCAUUGGUUGAGCUUGAAUUCUAGAUUGCUGCGAUGUCAGCUGUGUGCCAGAGGAGUGGGUGGUUCUUCACAGGCUUCAGUGAUCCCAAGUUUUUCACAGAAUAACCUGUGUUGUAAUUUUUGGUAAAAGUAAACCCACUCCCUUCUUCUGGAACUACUUAGUGAUAAUCGCUAAAGGGGGCUGCUUUGUAGAUUUAAGGACUGAAAUGGGUAUAGCUCUAUUAAUUAAGUCAAUUCCCAACGUUUACCUGCUCCACCGGCGUCCCACCUCCUUUAUCAUGUUAAACAGUCUUUCUUGCUUUUCUUACUCCUCCUCCUGGAGAGCUGUGAUUAGAAACCACACCCACCCUUGAAUGAGGUGCUUGAACUGGGGGAGGGAAGCUGGCUACCUGUGAACAAACAUUGGCAGCA